AUGGAGCCAACAUUUACAAAGGCGCGAUACUACCGCACGCUAAUGGGCGUGUUGAUCACGUUAAAUCUGGGAGCGCUCCUGACGGCCAUCAACCUCGUCAUCGGACUCAACCCGGAAGACAGAAUCUCAGUGAAGCGCGGCGGAGCGCUGACGGCCCUGGGGCUGGUGUACUUCGUUUCGCUGUUCGAGCUGAUCAACGCGGCUGCGCUGUUCACCGGCGCCGGGGCGCGCUUCCGGCACAAGUACCGGCUCAGCUGCGGCGAGGUGCUGGACAUAUCGAACAAGUUAGUGUCGGCAGUACAGGCCGCUUUCUCAUGUGCGACGGGCGCGAUAGUUUGCGCGUGGUCUUGCACGCGAGACUUCAUGCGCUCGUCGCAUUUUAUGUCAGAGGCCUACGCCUGGUUCGGAGCUGCCUACUUCUUCUACGACAUCUGGUCCAUGUACAUCGUUUAUGUGCACAUGACAACCAACAUAGAUUACUUCAAGACAAAGCUGAGACUGAGGAGAGAAGGAUCCAAGUUGGAGGCGUCGCUGUCCUCCGGAGACGCGGCCGUCACGAAGAAGCCAUCGUUCUUGACAUACUGUAAACAUGAGCCGGUCAUUCUUAUGCAUCAUCUGUUCAUCGGUGGAUUUGGAUUCCUGUUCAUUGUUUACCUGCGCGGCGGGCUGGGCGACUGCGCCUUCGGCUUCGUGUACCUGAUGGAGCUGUCGACGCCGCUGGUGUCGCUGCGCGGCGUGCUGUCGCGCCUGCGCCUCAAGCGCUCGCGCGCCUACGUCGUCAACGGGCUGGCCAUGCUGCUGGCCUUCCUCGCCUGCCGCGUGCUGGCGCUGCCCUACGCCUGCCUGCUCUACAGCCGCGCCGCGGGGCUCUCCUACAUCGAGGCAAUAAAAUCGUUACCAACGGGCUGUAAAAUUUCCAUCACUAUCCUGCUGUUACCGCAGCUGUACUGGUUCUACCUCAUGUCUGUCGGUGCCGUGAAGGUCUUUCUGGGUAAAACGUCAGACAAAGCCGCCGAAAACGAGAAAAUUAUUGAAGGCGAGAAGGAAUUUCAUAUUUCAGAACUUUCUGCGGGCGACACUGAUAAGCGCAGUUGAUGUAAGCGGAGACGGUACAGGAAGACUUAGUUCGUCGCCCCAUAUUGACAGUUAAAACUUUACCCUCACGCUGUUGACUUAUUUUCGAUUGCCAGCUUGAAUUGAUGUACAACGUGCGCACAAUUUUAAUUACACUUUUUGUCAGGUAAUAAAAAUUCAACAGUGUGCGAUAUCCUUAAUGGCUGUUAUUAGUAUAUGUGAUUUUGAAUAUAGAAUACGAAGUUAACUUAGUUAUGCAGGAGACGGCGGUUGCUUAUUUUUUUUUUUUUUUUUUUCAUAAAGUAAAUAUACCAAAGACAUCGGUUUUUAAGCUUUAUGAGAUUUUUCGCACAGUAUUCGAGUCAAUAAUUUAUUUACGUUUCUUUACUUUAAACGACGCACAAUUAGUACAUUUCUAAGGCAUACGUUGAGUGUUUAAAUUAUUAAGAAAUGUUCACACGAACGAUAACCCUUGGUACUUAAAUUUUUUUAUGUUUUGAAAUCUAUUUCUAUUUUCUUCUUUCGCAUGCACACAGGACAGAGUUAUAUCAAAUUAUAGGGACUAAAAAAACUACACCAAGAUCUGUCAAUCGUUUAUAGUGAACGUCAAGAAUCGUCAAGAAAAUUAAAAAAUAUAUUAUUUUAUCUUAUUUUCUCUGAGGUUAUUAAUUCAAAAUAAAAAAGGUCAGAAAAUAUACUCUGUGAAAUUGUGGAUAUCAGGUUGGAGUGACCAUCAUGAUUCAU